AUGAAGUGCCAAACCCUCCUCCUUGUCGUCGCGGCCCUCGUGCCCUCCGUCCUGGCCGACAAGCCCAAGCUGAACCAAUACCGCACCAUGGACGACUGCAACAACGAUGCCAACAUCUUGUAUCACGCCGCCCCCGUCUCGGGCCGGUGCUACAACCUCGACGACGCCACGGGCGCCUUCUUCUGGAACACGGGCGGCAUGCUCAACCCCAGAGUCUACACUGGCAAGGACUGCCACGGCACUGAGGACCCUCUUUCCACCCGUGGCCGCUGCUAUCCCAAGGGUAUUUACCGCUCUUACAAGUGCUGGUAA